GUGAGGAUGCAGAUCUCACCAGUCGCGUGUUGACCGUCGCACAAGGCGCACGCAUGCGUCUCGAUCUCCUAUCGUACUUCAAUUGUUUGCGCCGAAGGAAUCUACGGCAAUGGAUCCGCGGGUGAUAGUGUUCUUUCUAGUAACAGCUAAUAUGUUGAGUUGGGAACUGAUGGUUAUGGGGGCGUGCGCGAACUGCGUCAAUGGGGAACUGACUGUUAAAGAACUGACUAAUGCUAGGAUAGAAUACGUGAAGCAGCAGAUCUUGAAGAAGUUGCGGCUAAGCCGGCGACCUGCAGUGGCUGUGCCGGUGAACAGUCUGCCGAUGCCGGUGGCGGAGGGCCAGACCCUCAGCGCGGGUGCCGACAAGCCUCCAGAGUUUGAUGAUUAUUAUGGCAGAACGGAGCAGAAGAUCAUAUUCCCUGUUGAAGGAGAGUGUUUGACGACGGGCCGGUACCCCUUCAUCUGUCUACAGUUCGAACUGCCGCCUGACGUCGAACCGGAAGAGGUCACUGUUGUCGAGCUAUGGUUUUACAAGGAGCGCGACCCUCUGGACGAGUACAACCAGACGUUCGUGAUCUCAGAAGCGGCGCACUGGGACAGUCAGCAGCAGUUCAAGAAGACUAAACCCAUCGCCAUCAAGGAGACGGACGUAGGGGAGGGCUGGGUGCGCGUCGAGCUGGCGUGGGCCGUGCGCGUCUGGCUCGAGGGCAUGGAGCGUCUGCACACACUGCACGUCGCCUGCAGGACUUGUCAGCUACGUCGGGCGCCUCUCUCCUUCCAUGAGAAGCAUCGUCCUUUCCUAGUACUAUACACAAAGUACGCGGGCAAACGGCGCCGGGGCCGCACACUAGAGUGUGGGGCUACCACCAGCGAGUGCUGCCGCGAGCCUCUCUACGUCAGCUUCCGCGAGCUCGGCUGGGACGACUGGAUCAUACGCCCUGCCGGGUACCACGCCUACUUCUGUAAGGGAUCUUGCGCACCUAUAUCAGCGGUCUCGCAAGCUGACAGCUACCAUCAUAAUAUUAUUAGGAAAUAUUUCUACUCGGUAUCCAACGAUAGGAAAGCGGAGUUCAAGCCGUGCUGCGCUCCGACCACAUUCAGCUCUCUUCAGCUGCUGUACAUGGAUUCAAACAAUACGGUCACACAAAAGACGUUACCAAAUAUGGUGGUAGAGUCCUGUGGCUGCAUGUAGUUCUAUGGAUUCACGAAGUUCUGUGGUUUUAUGUUGUGCCGUGUAUUUUAAUUUAUUAUUAGCUAAUUGGCAACUUAUUGUUGUGAUAGUCUUAUUUUUGUAUGUGUUUUGUCGUCUAAAUGUUUUAGUUAAUAAUGUU